UCCGGUUGAGCAAGCAAGUGACGCAACCCACAGGAUCAAAACAGGAAAUAUGCUGCCAAUUUCUCCUCAAAAACCAACUGUAGCUUUCUGCAGAUUAUCUCGACAAUGCAAGGAAAGUGUGUUACCCAAUAUAAACAUCUUAAAAUUGACCACAUGGUCCAGAAAAAUAUCUUCUUUGGAUGUACGUCGAGAUAAUAUCUGGUGUUUUUGAAAGAUAAAGUGGCUAGCAAGAUUUCCAAGUCACUCUUAGCCUCUUGCUAGCUAGCUAGCUAGCCCACUCAUAACUGAGUUGAAAUUAACCAGGCAUCAUCCAGACGUAUGGGCUGAACAUUACCAUAUAUAGGGCUGGUGACUGCGGUGCGACUAGAGUUGCAGACCACCCCUGCGCCUGAGAAAUGUAAACUGUGGCAGGCCGUCAUUAACAGAUCGAGGCCGGAAGAAGACAGUCAACAAAACAGAUCACUUGACAACAUUAGCUAGCUAACCCAACCACUAAACAUGUCAUCUGAACAAAUAAUCGUAAUUGUCAUGGAUGACAAAACGUACAACGUCAACAAAGGCAAGUUGAUAGAAAAAAGCGACUACUUCCGUGCACUGUACAGCUCUGGGAUGCGCGAGUCCAGAGAGGAUUCAGUGCAACUGCAGGGGCUGAGUGUGCCAGGGCUCGAGCUGGUCCUGGAGUUUAUCAACACCUCCAAAGUGAAAGUAGUCAACGAGACCCUGGAAGACCUGAUUGAGACUGCAUCUUUUUUGCAAGUCACCUCUAUCCUAAAACUCCUUUCGUCUGAAAUUCGACAAGAGAAUUGUGUGGAACUCUACAGCCUAUCUGAGGUAUAUGGAACUCAUGAUCUACGCAACGCUUGUCUCAGAUAUAUGAGCUGUCACUACCACCCGAUGCUGCGGAGACCAGAGUUCAGCGACUUACCUGCGGCCCUGCGCAACCAGGUUAAAGAGAUGCGUAUGAAAGGCACGGCCACUCUGGUGGCUAUCGGACUCUUCACCUGUCUGGCUCUGGACCUACCAGACCAGGACGAGCCCUGGUCCAUGCUGAGGUAUGGGGAAGUAGAGCAGCGUUGGAAGCCGCUCGCUAACAACCUGCCCUCUGACAUGGUCAAUGUGAGAGGCUACGGCUCGGCCGUGUUGGACAACUACCUGUUCAUUGUCGGUGGGUACAGAAUGACCAGCCAGGAGAUCUCAGCGGCACACUGCUACAACCCCUGUAGAAAUGAAUGGAACCAGGUAGCCCCCCUGAACCAGAAGAGGUCCAACUUCAAGCUGCUGGCGGUACGAGGGAAGCUGUAUGCAGUGGGAGGCCAGUGUCAGGGCACUGUGGAGUGCUACAGCCCUGAGCAGGACUGGUGGACCUGUGUGUCGUCAUUACCCGACCCCCUGGCAGAGUUCUCUGCCUGCGAGUGCCAGGGCAUGAUCUACGUCAUGGGAGGAUAUACUGCCAGAGACAGGAAUACCAGCGUACUCCGCUACUGCCCCACCUCUGACAGUUGGACAGUGUUCCGCUCCUGCUCGGCCCACGUGCGUAAGCAGCAGAUGCUCUCGGUGGAAGAUACCAUCUACCUGGUGGGUGGGUACACCCACGAGCUGGAGCCGGGUCCGGGGCGGCGGGCCAGCCAGACGGAGGACAUGCUGACAGUGCAGUCUUACAACGUGAUCACGGGGGAGUGGCUCCACCUGAAGGACAACACCUCCAAAUCGGGUCUGAACCUCACGUGUACGCUGCACAAUGACGGCGUCUAUAUUAUGUCGCGCGACGUCAGCCUGCCCACCAGCCUGGAGCACCGCGUCUUCCUCAAGUACAACAUCUUCUCAGACGCCUGGGAGGCCUUCAGACGCUUCCCCGCGCUGGGCCAGAAUAUGCUACUCUGCUCCCUCUAUCUGCCCAACGUUCUAUGAGCGUUGCGGAUGGAAUGAGAGAGACUACAUCAUAUGCCACAAGAGGCUUGUUUGUGCGUGCUGCGGCUACAUAGCUCCCAUGAAGAGAAGUGGUAACGGUAGAGCUGUAGAUGGCUGCAGUAUGAAACAGUAUGGCCAAAUCCCCGUUGGUGGGGCAAAAUCUAGAAAAACACAGACUUGUUACAUUAUUUAAACUUUAAAGUAGCUACAAGCACAGGCAAAGCAACAGUCAUGCAUUGUGGGUCAAUGUCUAAGUUAGCUUAGUUUAGUUUAUUUUAUUUUUACAGGUACAGUGCACAUUAAUCAACGUUUCAGUAAAAGUGCCGGUUUUAGCCAGCCGGCUAAUUUUCAACCGCAGUCCCUGGGCAGGUUAUUAAAAACAAUUACAAUAUAGACAAUAGCACCAUAGAACAAGCAAGACAUAGCAACAUAGGACAAGCAAGACAUAGCAUACAGACAGGGCAGCAUUGGGCUACUAUCGAGAUCCCUUUUUGGAUUCUUUGAUUAGAAGUAGACUUGAAUCAUAUAGAACAUUCCCUAUUGUUUACACUGCAAAUUAAAAAUGAAAGAUUUGCAAAAAUCUUCGUUUUAGUGUUCACUACAAACCUUAAACGCUAAUGCAAAUAAAUAAUAUAAUUAAUACGUCAUAUUGGAUAUUGAAGAAAGUUUGUAGUCUAGAAGUGGCUUUGGUGUUACACUGCUUGUUUUGCAAUGUGCAAUUGAAUAACUUAAAUAAAAUGCUAAGCUGAUGCCGGACCACAAUUAAUAACUAAACAAAUGUUUUAACUCUUGCGUGAGAAGAUAUAAUGGUAGAAUCAUGAACGGGCAAAAUUGAGAAAUUCCUUGACUUGAUUUAACUUAUGAACAUUGUUUAGAAAACAAACGCUAAACUCAGCAGCAGUACAGUUCAAUGAAAUGGAUGAGGAACGUGCCUUUUGUACACAUGAACAAGAGUUGAAUUGUAAGUGACCAACCAAAACUGUGUAUUUUUUCCCAAUUCACUGUUGAAUUAUCAGGAAAGGGCUUUCAUUAGGGUACGUUAAGGACAAAUUGAUGAAAGACAAUGAGAAUGUAGUUUUGGUUUAAAGGUAGACUCCGCGAUAUUAUGCAGGAAAAUAAACAACAUAGUGGGUCAAUUUCCUCAACUAAGAAGCGUCGGAGCGUGAGGCUCGACUUCUCAGCUAUUUUGGUGCCCUGGCUACCACGCUGUGAACAGGGUGACGCGAACCCGUGCACAGAUACUGUGUGUGACUGUCGCUCAUCUCAAUAUCUCCGGCGCUGCUUGUGGCAACGUAACUUUGCUGAGUCUACUUUUAAUUAAAGGGGAUUACAGACCUUUUCUGUGGAGAUGGCUUGUAUGAACAGUCUUUCUGCUGAUAAUACAACUACGUCGUUUGGCUUCUAAAGAUGUGUUGGAGUUUGAUGAAGGUACUGUAUAGUGUUUUGUCACCUCUGGUUAUGUUCUGACAGAUGCCUUGGACUUAGAAGAAUAAAGAAAAUAUUCAGGGA